CAUGUUUUCCUGAGCCCCUCUAUGGUGGAUUGUCCCGUCACUCAGGCCGUGGUUACCAGGGAGUUCAGCCUAGCCUGCUGGUUUCUAAGAGAGAACGACGUGUAUAUCGGGAUCGAUCUGUGCGCCUCACCGAGAAGAACAUUAUCUCAAUUUCCACCGUGAAGCUACGCGGUUAGCCUCAGCAGUUAGCCUCAACAUUAGCCUCCGCAUUAGCCUCAGACGGUUGUCGCGCAUCUGCAGACGCAUCGGGAAGCUACGAACAAAUGGCCCAGAAAAAGAGCCCCAAAAUCCGGUCCAAAAAAGUUGAUUGGCUCGUCUCUCUGGUUCUGAACGGCAAGGACCAAGUGUCAGCCUAGGGUCGGUUUAGCCAUCCCGCCAUCCAGUGACAGGCUGGUUCCACAGGGGGCGGGCUUUGGUGAAGAACCAUUUGAGCGGGACCAGGGUUCUUGCUCUCAGCUGCUUUCGGUCGGGUUGGAUUGGAUUACUUCCGGUUCAGUUCUGAACCCGUUGGGUUCAGAGGCCAGUUGGGGUUUCCGAUGGAGACAUGCAGACCCCGAGACUCCUCCUCCACUGCUUCUGGAAAGGAGGUGUACAUGGAGGAAGAGGAGGAGGAGGAGGAGGAGGAGGAGGUGAUGUAUGAGGAGGAGCUGUGUGAUGAGGAGGAGGUGGCAUCUGCUGUACAGGACAUAGGUUGUCUUAACGAGGCAGAGAAGCCGCUGGUUGGAGCAGAGGUUUGUCCCUACCUACGGGACUCAGAUGGAAAGCCAACGGCGGACAGCAAAAAUGGGCUCAAGUCAGACGGAGGAGCAGCAGCUGCAGCAGCAGCAGCAGCAGCAGGAGGAGUAGGGCCCAAGACCACCAUGUUUACUUGGUUCGUGGUCCUGGCUCUCCUUGGGGUCUGGAGCUCUGUGGCGGUGGUCUACUUCGACGUUGUUGACUAUGACAGUGUCAUCGCGAGGGCUAAGGAGUUCCGUGUGAAUUUCUCUGAGGUUCUACAAGGUAAACUGAUGGCGUACGAUAGAGACGGAGAUGGAGACUUCGACAUGGAAGAUGCUAAAGUUCUGCUUGGUUUGAAAGACCCAGUGACAUUUGAAGUGGGAGGGCGGCCUGCUGAGGAACACGACCGGGCCCCCCCUGCUGACACCCAGGACCCAGACCGGGACCGCCCUGCUGACACCCAGGACCCAGGCCAGGUCCGCCCUGAUGACACCCAGGACCCAGACCGGGACCGCCCUGCUGACACCCAGGACCCAGCGGUCCGCCCCCAGCCCCCUCUGGUGGAGGACUUUGUUCCAGAUGACCCCAGAGAAGACAGUGGACAUCCAUAUGAGGACGAGGUUGAGACCAUAGACACCACUGGGGUCUUGGUGGAGGAAGUGAUGGCAGAGGAAACUAUGGUUGAAUCUGGGAAAUAUGUGACCAGCUCCAAAGUAUCCCAGGAGACAGAGAGCCGGUCGGACCAGAAGGUAAAAGAGAAAACUAAGAAGAGUAAGCCCAAGCUGCUGAAUAAGUUAGAUAAGACCAUCAAGGUGGAGAUCGACGCCGCAGAAAAGCUACGCAAAAAGGGGAAGGUGGAGGAGGCGCUGAAGAGCUUCGAGGCCCUGGUCCAGAGGUUCCCCCAGAGCCCGCGGGCGCGCUACGGGAAAGCUCAGGCGGAGGACGACGUGGCAGAGAAGCAGCGCAGCAACGAUCUGCUCCAGAGAGCCAUCAACAGCUACAGAGAGGCCUCGGAGCUGCCCUCUGCGACCCCUGACCUCAUCAGGGUCACGCUGAAGAGGCGGGCGGAGAGGCAGCAGUUCCUCGGCAGGAACCGGGGUGCUCUCCUGACACUGGAGAGGCUGGUGGAGGUGUUCCCGGAGGACCUGGGUCUGAAGAACGACCUGGGGGUGGCCCACCUUCUUAUUGGGGACAACAAGGGGGCCAAGAGAGUAUAUGAGGAGGUCCUGGCUGUUGCCCCUGGCGACGGCUUCGCCAUGGUUCACUACGGCUUCAUCCUCAAGUCGGAGAACCAGAUCGCAGAGAGCAUCCCGUACCUGAAGGGAGGGUUGGAGUCUGGAGCUCCAGGAACAGAUGACGGACGCUUUUACUUCCACCUUGGGGACGCGUUGCAGAGAGUAGGAGACGACAGUGCUUACCACUGGUAUGAACUGGGACACCAGCGGGGCCAUUUUGCAUCUGUGUGGCAGAGGUCUCUGUACAAUGUGGACGGACUGCAGGCCCAGCCCUGGUGGACCCCCCAAGAGACUGGCUACACAGACCUGGUCAAGGCUCUGGAGCGCGGCUGGAAGGCCAUCCGGGAGGAGGUGCUGGCGGUGCUGGACCUGAAGACCGGCCUGUUCAUGCCGGAGGAGGAGAACCUGCGGGAGAGAGGGGAGUGGGGCCAGUACACUCUGUGGCAGCAAGGGAGGAAGGCUGGAGACGCAUGCCGCAGUGUCCCCAAAACCUGCUCCUUGUUGGAGCGAUUCCCUGAAGCUACAAACUGCAAGAGAGGACAGAUCAAGUUCUCGGUGAUGCAGCCUGGGACCCACGUGUGGCCCCACACCGGGCCCACCAACUGCAGGCUGAGGAUGCACCUGGGGCUAGUGGUCCCUGAGGAGGGCUGCAGGAUCCGCUGCACCAACCAGACCAGGGCGUGGGAAGAGGGCAAGGUGCUUAUCUUUGACGACUCCUUUGAGCACGAGGUGUGGCAGGAGGCUGCCAGCUACCGCCUGAUCCUCAUCGUGGACGUGUGGCACCCGGCCCUCAGCGCCCAUCAGCGCCAGACCCUGUCCCCCAUCUAGACCGGGUCAGGAGGCCAGAGCCUUUCCCCCAUCUGAGACAUCUUGUUCUGUUGCCUCCUGGAAAGACAGACAGACAAACCACGUUGUGCCAAGUCUGGCAGAUAUAGACACCAAGCGACGGAGUGCCAACCUGAGUCUGGAGUGAUGAGGGGGCCGAUACACUGACCAGUCCCUCCACAUUGACUUUAAUAUUAGUAUUUUGCUAUGAAUGACUAAUUGAAUGUGUUUUCAACAGAGACGUUAUAAACUUGCCUUAGGAAACGUCCCAAGCCUCAUGCACCUGUCCUCGUUAAGCCUUGUUAAGCCUUGUUAGCCCUGACUUAAUCCUCAACCAAUGAAUACUCUGGCUCUGGCUGUGAGCAGCAGAACUCGUGCUCUCCCCCCUGGCUCAGAAGUCUGGCCAGUGUUUUCAGUGUGCAGAGGGGAUUGUGUCUUUCAGUGUGUGGAUAAACACUGUGAUAUUUGAAUGAAAGUAUACGUUCACCUGUGAGCAUUCAGAAAAACUGACAAUCAAUAUCAUAUACCAUUUGAACUUGCCAGACCAAUAUAAAUCACACAAUGGAUCAUUGCUCUUAUGAUACUGUUAUGAAAAUGUUUAAAGCUAAAUGUAAGAAGUAAAUGUUAGAAGUUAGAUGGGGCGGUCGUCAGGCAAUCCUCUAGGGAAUUGGCUAGAAUGAAGCUACAGCCCAGUGUGACAACACAUCCCUGACUACGCUAAACUCAACGGCUGGUUUAGGACAGACCUGAUCAGUGGCUCAAUGGCUGUCUUGUGGAGCUCUGUGUGGCCUGCUGUAGGAGUAUUCACUGUAUAUUGCAGCGUUGAAGUGAAUCCUCAUUGUUUGUUUGAUAGCAUGCACAGAAACAGGAAUAACUACAUCUUCGUCAGAUAGAUAAAGAAUCAAAUAUGUAACAAAAUCAACAAAAAAACUAAAUCUUUCUACAAUUUUAUUUUUUUAACAAAAAUCGAAUAUUUUUGUAUGCUGAUGAUCAAGUACAUUUUGUAAAUUCAAAAGAAGGUCCAUUUCUCUCUACUGCUCUUUGUAGUUUUUUUUAACACGCCUCCACAUCCUACAAUUGCUGAAUAAAACGAAUAGGUAACUCGCUUCUUGGAAUGUC